AUGCGUCUGCAUGCUGAGGUGCUGGAUGAGCUGGAGGAGAGCGAGGAGGGGGCUCUGAUGUCUUCGGCGGCGUUGUCGCCAAUCAUCGGCGCCGUGGCGCCGGCUCCCAGGCUAGUGGUGGGCUACGCCCUCACGAAGAAGAAGGUGAAGAGCUUCCUCCAGCCCAAGCUGCUCCUGCUGGCGAGGAAGAAUGGAAUCAGUUUUGUAUCUAUUGAUGAGUCUCUUCCCCUCUCGGAACAAGGCCCUUUUGAUGUUAUUUUACACAAGAUUACUAGGAAGGAGUGGCAGCAGGUUCUGGAGGACUAUCAUGAAGAACAUCCAGAAGUUACUGUCCUUGACCCACCAAAUGCUAUCAAGCAUCUGAACAAUCGACAAUCAAUGCUUGAAGAAGUAGCUGAUUUGAACCUGUCUAAUUUCUAUGGAGAAGUUUGUACCCCACGCCAACUGGUCAUUACUGAAGAUCCAUCCUCUAUACCAACUGCUGUAGCUAUGGCUGGACUAACUUUGCCCUUGGUUGCCAAGCCAUUGGUUGUUGAUGGAACAUCUAAAGGUCACGAACUAUAUCUUGCAUAUGAUGAGGCAUCCUUGUCAAUGCUUGAUCCGCCUCUGGUUCUACAGGAAUUCAUAAACCAUGGCGGGAUCCUCUUUAAGGUGUAUAUCAUUGGCGAAACAAUACAGGUCGUCCGCAGGUUCUCUCUUCCUGAUGUUAACACAUAUGACUUACUAAACAACGUUGGCGUCUAUCGGUUGCCAAGAGUUUCAUGUGCUGCAGCUAGUGCGGAUGAUGCAGAUCUUGACCCUCUUAUUGCAGAGCUUCCUCCAAGGCCACUUCUAGAGAAACUGGGCAGGGAGCUUCGUGGCUCGGCUGGUUACGGUAAAAUGCCUGGAUAUGAGCACAUGUUCACAGACUUCUUACUAAGUCUCGCACAAAGCAAGUACAAAAGGUACUUAAGCGGGACCUGA